AUGCCCAUAAUAGACUGGAUUUUUCGUCUGUUCCCACGAUACUCACACGAAAAGCGGCUUUCCAACCUGGUAGUGCUACCUCGCGAACUAUUACUCCACAUCGGUAAACUCCUGACAACCGCUGACAUUAUCUGCCUCAGCCUAUGCAGCCGAACACUUAAUCUUUUCGCAACAAGCUUUUACGACUUCAAGCCACCCCAAGACAAGCCCUUAACACUUUCAGUCCUCACAAGACUGACCCGAGACCUCCCAAAAAUGUUCUGCUGCCACUACUGCGCCAAGUUGCAUCGUAUCACUGACGUCCUCCAUCCCGCACGCUCCAUGGGUUUCCGUCAUCGGUGCUCGGACCUGGGAGUUUGGCAUAGAAAGUGUCCACAGCCGUCGAUUAGAUGGCUGAUAGCUGUCCACUGUAUGACCACCCUAUAUGACUUCCGUCACUGCCACCUGGUGGCUGUCCUACAAAAUUACCAUUCCGGCGGCCGAUACGGGAUCAACGCGGAGUCCUUGGCUUUCACCGAGGUGGUUGAUUACCCUCAACAACCAGCAAGAACGACUUUAUUAUCAGUGGAAGGACGCGUCUGUACACCGGCUGGAGCUCGCCAAAGACCAUCGCUAGUCCUGCAAAUACAACAGUGGGUUCUCGUCCAUGAUCUACAGGUCUUCUCCGACAGGGGUCUCGAUGUUGCUCUUUCAGUACUCCACAACUUCUUUAUUUGCAACUGGUUGAGAGUGGGCCACGGGAGUAUUCAAGAUAAGAUUCGACCUGCAAAUCGGCAACGAAACAUUUGCUGGAAGGAGGCACCACUCACAGAGAUUAUGCGAUGCUUGCAUUGUGGUGUGGAGUUUCAGAUCGUCCUCCGAGACUGUGGGGAGGAUGGGACAGCAGUGGCAAUUACUAAAUGGUUAGACCUUGGAGCCGGGACAGAUAUUGAAGAUCCGAAAUGGAAAAAGGCUAAACACGAUAGAAUCUAUAUACGAUCGUGUCGAAGCUACGGCGAGCAUAGGGGAGCUUUCAACAUCAUGGGUUCUGUAGAUAUCAUCUUUAUAUUGGGAACGCUGGGUACUUGGGUUGGGGCGUUCCGUCCUGACCUAGAAAUCCUAGUGCGUUACAUUGUUCGGCAAUUCACUCCCACUUCACGCUCGUCCCAAGAGUGCAUCGUCACGGCCGUCGAGUGUAUUGACAACGAUCAACGCUCCGAGCUGGACCUUUGCCGGGAGUUGUUGCUCCUGCAACAGCAGGAGAUCAGUGGGUUGAAGGCACAAAUUGACGAUAUGUAUCUAGAAGGCGUCAUGGUUUACGAAGAUUGUAUGUAA